GAUAAGAUGUUAGAUUCUCUAGUGUACUCACAACAGCGGGAAAGUCUAUUUCGACAAGUAUUUAAAACGUCGCAUGGCUUAUAGACCAUUAUUCAAACGAAAGCCUUCAAAGCGUUAAUUUUAAGCUAAAAACGAACGCAAUUUUUACUCGAAAACGGAAUUAUUUGCGUCUGCGGUUAAGAAAAUACAAUAAAAAAAUAAAAAAAUAAACGAAAAAAUUAAAAUUAAUUUCAAUAAAUUAAAUAAAUUAAGUGAAAAACUAAUAAAGUCAAGAUGAAUUGCUUAGCAUCAAUAGUUAAAUACAUUUUGUAUUUAUUAAAUUUAGUAUUUGUGGUAAUUGGCGUACUGCUCAUUGUUUUGGGUGGUCUUAUGUUAGGCAACUUAAAUAGCUUUACGUCAGUGGAUGAUGCUGUUAAUACAGAGGUAAUACCUAUUCUGGUGAUUGUUUUAGGUUGCAUUGUGUUCUUGGUAGCAUUCUUGGGAUGCUGUGGUGCUAUUAGAGAAAAUAGCUGCGUUAUGACCACUUAUGCUAUCUGUAUGUUUGUCAUAUUUGCCUUGCAACUCGCCUUAGUUAUUUGGGUCUUCGCAAGAUAUGAUGAAUUCUUGAACACCAUGUCUGAUGUUGUGCAAACCGCAUGGAAGAAUAACGAUUCAGCUCAUGGCAUGCCAAUGGAUGCUAUACAACUAAGCUUCAAAUGUUGCGGUCUUAAUAGCUACCAAGACUAUAAUGGAAGUGUACCUUCUUCAUGCUGUGGUGAAACUAUUGGCACUUGUGCAGCUAACAUUUAUGAGAGUCGCCCUGGUUGCCAGAGUGCUUUCUAUGAUUUCUGGUCAUCAAAUAUGGACAUCAUCCGCUAUGCAGGCAUUGGUGUUGCAAUUGUCGAACUCGUCAUCUUCACAUUAUCCUGUUGCAUUGCAAGCAGCAUGCGAAAAGCAAAGUAAACCUAUGCUAAGAAAUAGUUUCAAAAAAAUUAGCAUUUUUAUUUCAUAAAAUUCUUUCCAUUAAUUCAUUUAGUUCUUUUUUAUUUGUGUAAAUAUACAUACAUUAACUUGUUAUUUUUGUUUUUAACUAAACAAAUUGUUAACAAUAAAUAUUUUUUUUAAUAUUUAAAAAA